AUUAUACAUAACCCUAAAAACCCUUAUAAAUACCUAACAACCCAAACAACAAAAAAAUCAAUUUUUUGUUGUUGUUUCAGCUACAAGAAGACCCAAUUUCUGUGUGUGUGGAAGGUAUCAAGAACUAAUCACGAUGGUGAAGUUUACAGCUGAUGAGUUACGUCGUAUUAUGGACUACAAGCACAACAUCAGGAACAUGUCUGUCAUUGCUCAUGUUGAUCACGGAAAAUCAACUUUGAAAUAUUCUUGUGCUGCUGCUGCUGUAAUUAUAGCACAAGAGGUCGCUGGAGAUGUCAGGAUGACACAUACUCGUGCUGAUGAAGCUGAGCGUGGUAUCACUAUUAAGUCUGCUGUAUCAACAAAUGUUAAGUUUGUAAUGUCAAGUUUGCUCUAGGUUUGGCCAUUCUGCUUUGAAUUGUUGGCAUAGAUUCAACCAACAGUUCCAACUUUCUUCUUUUAGUGGCAAUCCUUACAAUCAAACUCCCUAGCAGACUUAUGCCACUCAAUCUGGCAACAAUAUUUGGACUAGGCCACCUCAGCCACCAAGACACGCUUCUCCUCUACUAAGUCCUCCCAGCACCUUUGUGGCCCACACCCUACCCUCCACUCCUACAUCUUGGUUCCGUGACUCAGGAGAAUCUUAUCAUGUUACAAGUGAUGCAAAGAAUCUUCAACAACUUACUCCCAUUGGAGGACAUGAACAAAUUUACAUAGGCAGUGGCCAAGGUUUGCACAUUCAGUCUACUCGUUCUAGCUCUUUCCCUUCCCCUUUCCAACCUCACACAAUUCACACCUAGUAAACUUCCUUCUUGUUCCCUCCAUAACUAAAAACCUCACGAGUAUAACAAAUUCUCAAGAGAUAAUAAUACGGAUGAUAAAUGCCUUGUUAAAUUACAGGUAUCUGAUGUUGUCCUUCUAGAAGGUCAUGCUGGAAGUGAUGACCUUUAUGAAUUACCUCCUAUAGCCAUGUCUAAUCCUUCUAAGUCCACUAUAUUGCCUACUUCUAUUCUAUUCUGUUAAUAAGGUUGUACCUAGUGCUUAUUCUACAAGUGUAUAUGCUAAUUAGCCUAACGUGGGGCAUCUUAGACUACGGCAUCCCAUUGUUAAUGCCUUGAAACUUGUGUGGCAAAGUUGUAAUACUUCUU